AUGGGGAAGGACUCAAGAAUUUCAAUAGAAAUAUGCAACAGAUAUCCUAAUGACGACGGGUGUGGCGUCAAAAUCACUGUCCGGAAGGUUAUUUGGAAGAACCAAAUAAUCAAUGAACUCUACGGUAGAAUGGCUCCCGUAAAUGAAGAUUUUUUCGGUAAACAUAAUGUAAAGGAUUUUUCAGUUGCCAUAAGUAAUACAAAAAAUGAUAUUAAAUUAUUGCUUGGCCCGGUCUCGUUUGUAAAUCAUGACUGUGAGUCGAACACUGACUUCUUUCCCUUAGGACCCAAAUCAACAACCAUUAGAGCUAACCGAAAAAUAAGCAUCGGAGAAGAAAUUACAACUUAUUACGGCUCUUUAUAUUUUGGUUAUAAUAACAGCGAAUGUAUGUGUAUUUCGUGUGAAAAGAAAAAGGAUGGUCAUUUCAAACAGCAAAGUCCCGUACAAAGUGAUACAGAUUCGAACGUGGAAGAACGUGAUAAUUUACUGACAUGUGCUAUUUGUGGCUCAUAUUUUUUGUACAAGAGUUGGCUGAAAAGACAUAUUACAUCUCAUAUGGACCCAUUGGUGAGUUGUGAUCGUUGCAAUAAAGUUUUCAAAAGAGGUGACUCCUUAAAAAGACACAUAAAAUCGAUGCACGAAACAGUAUCUUACACCUGUAAAACCUGUUCAAAGUCUUUUAACACAACUUCCAAUUUGAAACGGCAUGAAAAUACCCAACAUGGUAGCAAGACUAAAAUGACUUGUGAAAAAUGCGGGAAAACAUUUACAAAUAAGCAGAAUUUAUCUUAUCACGAUAAUAUAAAACAUACAGGGGUCAAACCAUAUAAAUGUGACACGUGCAAUGAAGAGUUUGGAUCACCAUGCUACCUGAAAAGACAUGUGAAUAAGGAGCAUUGA